AUGGGUGAAUAUCUGUCCAAAAGUCAGAUGCCACUUCUGAUUGAGGAGCUUGCGAGGAUAAGAGCAAUAGCCGUGCGGCCGUCCGAGCUGGUGGGAAGCGUGUGGACCAAAGAGGACAAAGAGAAGAACUCGCCCAACUUGCUCCGAAUGAUCCGACACACCACCAACCUCACGCUGUGGUUUGAGAAGUGCAUCGUGGAGACCAUGAACCUGGAGGAGCGCGUGGCGGUGUGGACGCGCGUCAUCGAGAUUCUGCAGGUCUUUCAGGAGCUCAACAACUUCAACGGCGUGCUGGAGGUGGUCAGCGCCAUCAACUCUGUGCCCGUCUACCGCCUGGACCACACCUACGAGGCCAUACCGGAGAGGAAGAAGAAGAUCCUGGAGGAAGCGGUGGAACUGAGUCAAGACCAUUUCAAGAAGUACUUAGCCAAACUCAAGUCCAUCAACCCGCCCUGCGUGCCUUUCUUUGGUAUCUACCUGACCAACAUCCUCAAGACGGAGGAGGGGAAUCCGGACUUCCUGAAACGCCACGGCAAGGAGCUGAUCAACUUCAGCAAGCGGAGAAAAGUGGCAGAGAUCACCGGCGAGAUCCAGCAGUACCAGAACCAGCCCUACUGCCUUAAAGUGGAGCAUGACAUCAGGAGAUUCUUUGAGAACUUGAACCCGAUGGGAAACAGGAGCGAAAAGGAGUUUUCUGACUACUUGUUCAACACAUCCAUGGAGAUCGAGCCCAGGAACUGCAGACAAGCGCCUCGAUUUCCCCGAAAGACCGCCUACACGCUGAAAUCGCCGGGAAUCCGUCCCGUCCGUCCCGUGCGAACGUCUACCUCCGGCCACCCGGUGCCCCUGGAGAGGGAGCCGGUCCACAAGAUCACCUUCCGCAGCAUCGCCGAGACGGACGGCGAGACGCCGGCGUCCGCCUCG